CGUGGCAACAGUUUAAACAUGGAAGUAAAUUGCACAGAAAUGUAGCCGCAGUAAUUCGUUCCAAUUCAACUUGCUUUUUGAGUUUCCUUUUUUAAUAAUAUAUUUCUACGACUCAGGUAUUUUGUAGCGUUAGGAUUUGUACGUACUGAAAUGGCUGGCUGGUCAGGCUUUUCUGAGGAAGACCUACGGAAGAUGCACCAAAAAGAGCCGGUAUCUUCCUCUGGCCGUGGCCGAAAACCGGCUCCCACCAACCGCAGUCGCCAGCAGCUGCAGCGGGAGAGAGCCCUGUAUCAAGCUGCUCAACAGCGGGACGCUUCUGCCCAACUUCCACCAGAACAGCAACUCGCCAAGCCUGCAGUGCGAACUCCUAACCAGACUGCGCCCAAAAUAACGCCGGAGAACAAGUCCGAAAAGAGGCAGUUGCAAGAACCGGUUGUUGUAAACCACCACUCUGUGCCUAUCCCAGAGCCUACCAUAAUGGCCAAGGAGCUCGAAAAGCAGGAGGUGGAAUUGAGAGAGAAGACUCGGCUGGAACUGCUUCAGCAGGAGCAGCGAAUGAUGGAAGAGAAGAAUAAACGCAAGAAAGCUCUCCUUUCAAAGACCAUUGCUGAGAAGUCAAAGCAAACCCAAGCAGAGGCUGUGAAACUGAAGAAGAUACAGAAGGAGCUGCAGGCCCUGGAUGACAUGGUGUCCAAUGACAUUGGGAUCCUUAGAGGGCGAAUAGAACAGGCCAGCUGGGAUUACUCCACUGCAAGAAAAAGGUACGAGAAGGCAGAGGCGGAGUACGUGUCGGCCAAACUGGACCUGCACAGCAAGACGGAGGUGAAGGAGCAGCUGACGGAGCACCUAUACACCAUCAUCCAGGAGAAUGAGCAGCGCAAGGCCCGCAAGCUGGAGCAGCUGAUGCGGCAGCUGGAGCUCCAGGAGGACGAGGAGCGCCUCGAGCUGGAGAUCCAGGUGGAGCACAUGCUCCGGCAGGUGGAGGCGCAAGAGGAGGUGGAGACGGGAGGGCAGGUGGAGGGAGGAGGGCAGGUGGAGGUGGAGGUGGAGGUGGAGGUGAAGGCACAGGUGGAGACGGACACGCCGGUGGAAAGCCUCCUCACUGAAUCGCAACCGAAAACCAGUAAUCCUCCGGACUCUGUGGCUGCUGAGGUCGCAGCUUCUCCCUCUUAA